CCAUUGCAAUGGCACCUCCGCGGUAAGGCACUCGAGAGCCUCGCCCGUCCCAUCGGGUAACGUAAUGAUUCUUUGCUAACGCGUCGCCAUCCCCUGUCCAGGAACCAGAUUGUGCGACCCCAUCGCUCGCCGUCGCCCGUCCGCGAAGCCCCUGUGCUGAUCAUCAUGGUUCCCAGUUUUCGACCAGUCGCGGCAACGGAGCCAUGAUUCAGAUAACCCGUGACGAGUACGAUGGCUUCGUAGAGAUUGCGCACAAGUACGGUAUGCUUUGUCGAACCCGGCCAAACUCUACGACUCGUCUUGUAGGAAUGCCCACUGACAAAGGCGGCUAGCCAAUCUGUGUCAGAACCUCAUGUGCGGCGGUGUCGGAGAAGAGACGAUACAGGUAUCUACCUACCCAUCAUCGGCAGCUGCCAAACUCGGCAACAAUGCAGCCGGCACUUAUCGUUGCUACUCCGUCCCUAACGCCAUGUUCUAUCAGCUUCUUAGCAACCAGGUCUCGAGUCCGCAAGUCAAGCCAAAUGCAGACGGUGCAACCGCCAGCGAUGGUGGUGCCCCGCUCCAUGCCACGACUCGAGUAGCUGGGGGACACGACCAGCCUGGAUUGGGCCCGGGCGGUCGCCAGGGACGCAAAAGACCUUGUGCGGGUGAAGAGAACAAGAAAGUCAUCCAGCCCAACCUUCAUCUUGACAACUCGUCAGAGUCGUCGGAAGAAUACAUCGACACCUUCGACCCGGCUGCGGGAGAGGAACCGACAGAAUCAGGUACAGAGGCCGCCUCCCGCGCCUCCCCACGCUUCGGCUUGGAGCGCGAGGCUACCCGAUCCAUCAUGCUGGUCAACCUGGCUGAAAGAACCAAACAUGCCGACAUCACUUCUGUCGUUCGGGGGGGCAUGCUUCUUGAAGUUUAUAUGAAGCCACGUGAGAACGCGGCUGUCCUCUCUUUUCUUCAUGGAGUGGAUGCCCAGGCUUUCUACGAACACGUCCGCCACUACGGCCUGAUCAUCAAAAAACGCAGGGUUGAUGUCAAGUGGAACCAUUUCCAGUUCACUCUCCCCGGCAAUACCGCCCACAAGAUCAGCACGGGCGCUACUCGGAAUCUCGUCAUUCGCCGCCGAAACCCCAACCUGACGGAAAAGAUGAUCCGCGACGACCUGGAACACAUUCACAAUCUUGUCGUCAUCAGGGUCGAGUUCAUUGGCGAGAGCUGCUACAUAAGCACCAACUCCGUCAACAAGGCUGCCUUUGCGCGCCUAUGUCUCAUGAGUCGACGUGAUUACAAGGGCAGUCACAUUGAGUGGGACGUUGACGAGUGUGCCCAGCCCCUCGACCGUAUGGCCAUCCCCAACCGCUCUGCUCCCGCUCCCGCCGCUGCUACCGCCAAAUCGACGGACCAGGGACCAUUGUCCAACCGAUUUGAACUCCUCAGCCUCGACAACUAGUCAAAAACUGGCAUAAAUUUGGACGUGUGUCUCGAGGAAAGUGAGAGCAGUCGUCGUCGUCUUUAGCGACGCGCGUUGGCAGAGGCAUUGACAAAUGUUUUGAUGGGACACUACGGGUGAAGGCACUCUUGCACAUGUCCGGCAAGGCCAGCCCUACAUCCGGCCGCAUUAUAGGCACAUAGAGAGUUUGCUCAAUGAUUCUCGAAUGUAAAUUACUCGCUGUCGGCGAUACCCGGUCACAACAUGUCCAUCCUGUCUUGUCGUAAUA